AUGAAUUCGAAAACUGAUGUGAAUCGGAGAGUAUUUGCUAUUAAAGCUAAAAAGAAACGCCCGAAACCUGGCAAAAGAAAAGGAAAAAAUGAAAGAGAUGGAAGAGCAUACUCAAAUAAAGUAGAACCAUCUCAUUCGUCUUCAAACGAAACUAUAGAAGAUGAGGAUGAUUAUUUCAGCUCCGACGAUGAUGAGCAGGAGGAUCCUGCAGAUUAUUGCAAAGGUGGUUACCAUCCAGUCAAAAUAGGUGAUUUGUUUAACGGAAGAUAUCGUGUCACACGAAAGUUAGGUUGGGGUCAUUUUUCAACUGUAUGGCUUUGUUGGGAUCUGUAUGACAAGAAAUUUGUGGCACUGAAAGUUGUGAAGAGUGCUUCACAUUUUACGGAGACUGCCUUAGAUGAAAUAAAACUGUUGAAAGUCGUGCGGGAAAGUGAUGUUAACGAUCCUAAACGAAACAAAACAGUACAACUCUUGGACGAUUUUAAAAUAAGCGGUGUUAAUGGAACACACGUGUGUAUGGUAUUCGAAGUUCUUGGUCAUAAUCUGUUAAAAUUAAUCAUCAGAAGUAACUACCAUGGCAUUCCAACAGAGAAUGUAAAAUCUAUUAUUCGACAAGUAUUAGAAGGUUUGGACUACUUACAUACCAAAUGUAAAAUUAUUCAUACUGAUAUAAAACCUGAAAACGUUUUGGUAUGUGUAGACGAAAAUUAUAUUAGGAGACUUGCCUGCGAGGCUACAGAACUUCAUACAAUGGGCCUUAAACUGCCUGUAUCAUUAGUCAGCACUGCACCAAGGGAGGAACCGGAUCCAAAUGUAAAAAUGUCAAAAAAUAAGAAGAAGAAAUUAAAAAAGAAAGCAAAGCGCCAGACUGAACUGCUGAGAAAGCAAAUGGAACAGAUCGAAGAGACUGAAGAACAGAAGAGGAGAGAGAUGGCACUGGAACUGGAGUGCCAGUCACCAGAAGAUAAUAGAGAAUCUGCUGAAACUCAGUCUGAGGUGUUUGAUGAGGUGCAUGAUGAAGAUGAUGAUGAUGAUGCCAGCUCAAAGGUAAUAGACACAGCAUAUCAAAAUGGGAUAGAUAAAAAAGAACACAGCAAGUCAAUGGGAGAUGGUGCUGCAGAAGAGACCUCAAGUUCUGAUUCUCAGAAGCUGUGUAACUCAGAAAAAUGUGAUGAAGGAGCUGGUGAGAGUGGAACAUGUCCUGUUAAUAAAACAACAAGAAAGAAAGAAACAAAAUCUGUUACUGGCAGACCAUCCCGCCAAUCUUCUGGGUAUACAUCAUUUAGUCAUGAUGCAAAACCUGAACUGGACCCAGCAUUUGUGGUGUGUGAUAUUGAAGUAAAGAUAGCAGAUUUAGGAAAUGCUUGCUGGACUUACCGUCAUUUCACCGAGGACAUACAAACACGCCAGUAUCGUUCAUUGGAGGUCCUUCUGGGAGCUGGAUAUGGCACGUCUGCAGAUAUCUGGAGCACAGCAUGCAUGGCAUUUGAACUUGCUACAGGGGAUUAUCUCUUUGAGCCACAUUCAGGGGAAGACUAUUCUCGUGAUGAAGAUCAUUUGGCUCAUAUUAUUGAACUUUUGGGUGAAAUACCUCGAAGGAUAGCUAUGUCUGGCAAACAUUCCCGCCAGUUCUUUAAUAAAAAAUGUGAUUUGCGCCGAAUCUCUGGUUUGAAACCGUGGGGACUUUUUGAAGUCUUAACUGAAAAAUACGAUUGGGACCCAAAGGAAGCAAGAGAAUUCACAGCUUUUCUUCGCCCUAUGCUGGACUUUGAUCCAGAACGUCGUGCAACUGCUGCAGAAUGCUUGAAACAUCCCUGGCUAAAUUAGUUUAACUCUCCGAUUCGUUAGACAUAUAGCUCCAAAGACAAUCUUAAAAAUGUUUAGUGACGACAUAGUAGCUAAUUUAAAACUUGACUGGAUCUUUUUACCUUGAUAUUAAUUUCAGCAAUUUUACUCUUUUGUGUUUCCUUCUGUAAAUGUACAAGUAUACAGAGAAGCAAAAACUUUCA